GAAGUUCACGUCAACUUUUGUGCUUGCCAUUGAAACCACAAAUCCAUGCAUCUCACAUUUCCUUCGAUCAUCUCGUUGCACCGUUGUCUCGCCAUCACAAUCGAAUAGACAUGUUUCGUCAGAGCUCUCGCCUCCUCGCAACGCCUUCAGGCAUUGGCGCUCAGAACUCCGGCCUCAAACGCGUCCCUCCGGCACUUCUACCACCGAUCCCACUAUACCGUCGCAUACUUCGAACACAUCGCAAACACUUGCCGAAAGAGAUGAGAUUGCUGGGAGAUGAAUACGUGAAAGCGGAAUUCCGAGCGCAUCAAAAGAUCGAUAAUCCUGUGCACAUUGUUGGGUUCUUGACCGAAUGGCAGUCGUAUGCUCAGCAGAUUGAAGGAGACUCGUGGAGAGGGGAAAAGAUGGAUCGAGGGAAAGUGGAUAAGAUGAGUGAUGAACAAGUUGCCCAAAUGUAUGAGCUCAUGCAGGCGAUCCGAAAACAAGAAUUGGAGGAUAAUGACCCGGAGUAUAAACCGCACCAGCCGCCUGCAGCACCUGAGCCAGAGAAGUAAGGCAGCAGAGGAUCUGGUCGCACAAGUUUAUCAGAUUGGACCGGACAGGAGCGGGCAGUUGUCGACAAUGCCACACAUGCCGGCUCAACAGAGUCCAAGUCAAGCAAGCACAAACAAUGCUCAUACCAUGAUGGAUCUCAGGAACUGCCGCUCAUUUGCCCUUAGAUCUUCGUGGCAUACGAUCUGGUAAUGGAAACCACACCAGAAAUACGGUUUCUUCCAGCCAUCGACUGCUCAUCGCAGCCGCGCCAAGUCGUCUAGGUGUCCUGGAGAUGACACACCUCAUCACCAGACGCGGCAUGUGGCAGGGUACAGGUCACCUGUGUCUAGAGAUGUGGAAGUUGAUCUGGACUUCCUGAUGGGGACCUUGCUGCCGCACCGAUGUCAGGGUCCAGGUCUGGGAGAUUGACAAAUGUCGGGAAUGAAAGGUACUGAUGCGCAUCGCCAACACUUUGCCAAAUUGACAUGAGCUGCUCGCUUCCCCUCCCUCUUCUCCCCCUCACUGUCAUAAGUACACUUAAGGUCAUCAAGUCGUUCGAUUUGGCCUAGAAAAUGGCCACCGUUCCACCGAAACUCUAACAGCUCUCAUUGGCUACGGCGAAUGCCGGCACGUCGCUGAGAGGCUUUCACACAUCCUAGGAGCAACUCCUGUUGUCAAGACACCACUUUGCUAGCAUCAUCAAUCCUUCACAAUGCACCAGAUACCUUCGAGUGCAUGAGGAAGGGGAUGCGCCACGACAUCUUUUCUCGAUCUGAAGCACUAUACCAUGGGCCGCCGAGCGAAGGAUGAGCGGGCAAGGCAUCCGUGCAUGCACUAAUGGAGGCUGAGUUCGACGCAGAUACUUGAGUCGAUACACCAGUCGCUCCUUAUCCCACUUUCUCACAGAAGGCGAUGCCCUGCUCACUCUCACAAUGGCCAGCACAACGAAGGAAGGCGCGUUUCUCACCCGCUUGCCCACCGAGAUUCGUAUCCGGAUCUACGAGCACUUGAUUGGAAACCGAAUCAUUCACAUUGCAAGCUCUCCACUAUCAUACACGAGUGCCCGGGUGAUUUACACCGUGUGCACGGCUGAUCAGCAUGGUGAAGACGAAGCUUACGCGCUGAGCAAAACCUGGACUGCAGUAUCAUCUGACCCCGACCCGUUACCUGACUGGGAAGAAGUGCACUAUUCUUCGGGCAACGGAACUUGGCUUAAAGAAUAUGCUGCUCGUCAUGUACGCUGUCUCAGAUUGCUCAAGUCAUUCCGCUACCAGUACUAUGAUGCAUCCUUGUACAAAGCCAACGAAAGCUACCCUACCGAGCACGAUAUACCUGAGGGAACAUUGCCGCUGUACCAGCAACGCUGCAUACAAUCAGUCUGCCCACCCCUCACUGAGCGCCAUUAUGGACGCAGACCGUGCCCUCAUCAGGCAGAUCUUUCUCUGCGUUUUGGUCAUCCGUCCGCCAACUCAUUUCGACAGCUUCAUUGGGAUUCUUUCCUACAUCUGAGCAACCUUCUUCGGACUUGUCGGCAGAUCUAUGACGAAGCUAAGCAAGUCCCGUUCACAAGCAAUACCUUUGCACUUCACGUCAACGAUUCCGACGAACUGGCUACCAUGGUUGACUCCAGCAACUUUACAUCUUGGCAACGGGCCGCCAUUCAUAGUGUAGCCAUUGAAGGUCAUCAAAGCACAGGCACUCCAGCUGUCGAUCUUCAGCUCAUAUCACAAGUGAAAGCCCUAUUGCCGGGUUUACGAAAUCUCGCGAUCAAUAUAAGCUGCCCACG